AUGUUGUCAGACUCGGAAUCAGAUAACGAGUCGACUCACCAGCUUACCAUUAACGAACAUUAUGCAAAGGCAUUUCAAUACAGAAAGGAAAGAGAGGAGCUCGAAAAGCUGAAAGCCAAGUAUGGUUCCGACGCUGAAGAAGACGACGACAACGACGAGACCGACUCAGAGUCAGCAGAGUCCGAAGAUGAAGAUGGAGAGGAACUAACACCCGCUGUCGAUGCCGCAAUUCUGAGGACGCUGGCUCGAAUCAAGAGGAAGGAUCCAGACAUAUACAAUUCCGAGAAAAGUAUUUUCGGAGAGGAGCAGACGCUUUCAGUCCCCUCACAGCCGACAGCACGAACAAAAAUCAAACAAUCCAAACCUGUCACUCUACGUCAAGUUGUACUUGAAUCUACACUCAAUCCGACUUCCCGUUCUCCAUCUCCUGAGCUUACACAUGUCGAAGCUCAACGCGAACUUCGCAAGGAAACAAUAGCUGCUUUUCACGGAGGCGAGGCUGAACGCGACGAUGACGAUCUACUUGUUCCUCGGGAGAAGACCAAAGAUGAACAGGAGGAAGAGGAAGAAGAAUAUCGUGAUUUUCUGCAGCGUGAAGUCGGUGGUGAUCUUAAAGACUUGAUAACUAUUCGGGAUAGCGAAGACGGGGACAGGGAGCCUAAGCAAGAGGAUACACCGAAGAAGUCAAAAAAGAAGAGCAAGAAGACUGCCAACAAAAAAUCCAAAGAGGAAGAAGACCAGAAAUUCCUCAUGAACUAUAUUCUCAACCGAGGUUGGAUUGACCGAUCUUCAACACAUAUCCCGACGUAUCAAGAAGCAACCUCUAGUAGAACGAAAGGUAAAGGUAAAGCAAAGAAGGAGGAGAAGGACGAUGAGGACGAGGCUGGUUCCACUUCUGACAAUCAUGACCUACCUACGGCUGACCCCGAAAUCGACGAAGACGAGUUUGAAGACAUUGUGGAUAGAUUCGAAAGCUCAUAUAACUUCCGAUUCGAGGAACCUGAUGCAGCAGAGAUCAAGGGUUACCCUCGUAACAUCCCGUCCCUUGUACGACGAGAAGACACUACAAGAAAGGACGCGAGAGAGCGCAGAAAGAUGAGGAAGGAGGAGGAGCUCCAGAAAAAGAAAGAAGAAGUUAGAAGGCUCAAGUCCUUAAAGAUGAAGGAAAUACGAAACAAGUUGGACAGAAUCGGACCUCUCGAAGCGCUGGAUUUGGAUGCGGACUGGGACUCUGAGGCUCAUGACGCCCAAAUGGAAGAGCUUUACGGCGCAGAUGAAGAAGUGGAGGACGUCGAAAAGCCCGUGUGGGACGACGAUAUUGACAUUGGUGACAUUGUGGUCUCAGAUGAUGAGCAAAAGUCGAAAAAGAAGAAGAAAAGGAAGAAAAAGAAAGGUGUUGAGGAGGAAGAUGUAGGCGGUGUAGAUGUCGACGCUAUGGAUGCUGACCUGGAGCAUGGGGACGAGGAGUGGGACGGAACAGAGGAGAUGCGGAAGAAGAAGUUGGAUGAAUACAUGAAUGAACUAUACGAGCUUGACUUCAAUGAUAUGGUCGGCGGCAUGCCCACGCGCUUCAAAUACACUCCCGUGCAAGCUCAGAAUUUUGCCUUGACUCCGGCUGAAAUUUUGAUGGCUACAGACGCUGAACUCAAUGAAUAUAUGGGUGUCAAGAAAUAUGCGCCGUAUCGAAAAGACAAUACAUGGGACGCGAAGCGUGGCGAAAAGUUGAAGGAACUGAAGAACAAAAUUGCGGCGAGGUCUAGUGCCGGCGCCAGUUUACUUGACGCCGAAAAACCAGCAAAGAAACGGAAAGGGAAGAAGGAGCGCAUGCGUUCGAAAGCGGGAGCGGCUGCAGAUCAGCGGUUUGAGGAACCAAAGGAUGAUGCUGUCGUUCCCGAUGCUAACCUCAAGCGAAAGCAACCGGAUGAGGACGCAGCUCCAGAGCAGGGAAAGAAGAAAAAGCGGAGACAUCGGAAAAAUGCAACGGAGAUAAGUAGCUGA